CAGCGUCCGACUGUCGCCGUGCUAUGGCAUAAAGUACGGACGGCUCGCUCCGCUCUUUUGACAAAAAGAAAGAAAGGAAGAAAGUAAAGGUGGGAAAGCAAAGCCGGGCCACAAAACUUGCAGGGGGAAAGAAAAAAAAAAGAAGAAGAAAAAAACUGCAGCCACUUUCUUAAGAGCUCCGGUGCUUUCGCUUCCUUUCCGCCUUGCCUCCGCGUCCUCUUGGAAAGGGAAUCUGGGGGACAGAAGAGCGCCGAGGAGCCGAGAUCCAUUUCUCCAUGCAAGCAGGCAGAGGGCAUCAGAGGAGCCAGCUAAGAAGAGAAGCGAGGCCCGGGCGAAGUGGGCGGAUCCCCCUUUCCUAAAGCCGCGCGGAAGAGCCAUUAUCUCUGCCCCCGGCGCCCGGAGAAGAGAGCCACGCUGCCCUGUCGAAAAGGCGAAGAGGCCGGAGGAACAGCAACCAGGCGCGGGGAAGAGAGCGCUUCGGUCUCCCUGCUGGAGCACCACAACAGGGCGGGGUUGGCGACCCUGGCCAUGGCGGCGAUCCGCAAGAAGCUAGUGGUGGUGGGCGACGGGGCUUGCGGGAAGACGUGCCUGCUGAUCGUCUUCAGCAAAGACGAGUUCCCCGAAGUCUACGUGCCCACCGUCUUCGAAAACUACGUGGCCGACAUCGAGGUGGACGGCAAGCAGGUGGAGUUGGCCCUUUGGGACACGGCCGGCCAAGAAGACUACGACCGCUUGCGUCCUCUCUCCUACCCGGACACCGACGUGAUCCUCAUGUGCUUCUCGGUGGACAGCCCGGACUCCUUGGAGAACAUCCCGGAGAAAUGGGUGCCCGAGGUGAAGCACUUCUGCCCCAACGUGCCCAUCAUCCUGGUGGCCAACAAGAAAGAUCUGCGCAACGACGAGCACGUUCGCAACGAGCUGGCCCGCAUGAAGCAGGAGCCCGUCCGCACCGAAGACGGCCGGGCGAUGGCCAUUCGCAUCCAAGCCUACGAUUACCUCGAGUGCUCGGCCAAGACCAAGGAAGGCGUGCGGGAGGUCUUCGAGACGGCCACCCGAGCGGCUUUGCAGAAGCGCUACGGCACCCAGAACGGUUGCAUCAAUUGUUGCAAGGUGCUAUAAUGCCGUGGACGCCCGGGGGAAAAGGGAGGAGGGGGCGGGAGACGAGCGUCGAGGGACUCGGGGCUGACUCCUAAAGCCCGUCGGAGAGAGCCCGCCUGCAGAACAAAAAAACCGGGGAAGGGUGGGGGUGGGAGAGAGCAAAAACACGCGCUCGUUUGGACGUGGGGGAAGCGUUGAUUUUUCACGAAGGGGUCCCCCCCCCCCGCCGCCGGUUGAUGCAAACUCCCGUUCAUUGAUCUUGGCUCUCAUAUGCCUGUGGUUCCUCAUUCGCGAAAGACAGUCGUCGGACUUCCGCGAACCGAACGCGCUGGAGGAAAGGAACUGGACUUGCCUAUUGGUGCGCCGCGCCUAGAUCUCCCGUGAAAAAAAAACUGCAGGAGGAGAUCGGAAGACUGUAGCUGCGGCCCGCUGCCGCCUUGCUCUUCCCUUGGAAGGAGGCUGGUGGACGGGAUCUGCCUAAAUCGGGAUCCUUUCUCCCCCCACCUUGCACUGAAUCGGUGUUUCCCUUCAAAGCUGGGAAGAGAGUUCCUGCAUUGAGAAACGCUGAGAGGGAGGGAGGGAGGGAGGGGCAUCUGCUGAGUGUACAUAGCCAAUUGUUUGAAUUGGGGCAAGGAAAGGAUGGGGCUUGUUUUAACACUGGACUGGGACCUUGCUCUCUCUGAGACUGAUUCUAAGGGUUUUUUUUGGGGGGGGUCUUGAGUGGAUUGGACUUCCGUCUUCUUAGCCCCUUCCACAAUGAAAAUAUUUUUUUCCUUCUUGAGAUAACCACUUCUCACAGAAGAAUGGUAUAAUUUGUUCCCCUUGGGUUGCUGGGGAGGUGGAGACAAUUCCCAAACUUCCCAGAGUCUGGUGCCUGCUGUCCUUGAUAUGGUUUGGAUGCCCUCCUUUCUGUCUUUUGCUCUCCCCCCCCCCAUCCCUUUAAUCUGAUUUCUAUUGCAAAAGAACCUAGUUUGCACAAUGAUGAGGGUGAUUUGGACACCCUAAUGCACUUGUGAUGUGCAGUGUGACACUGUACCAUUGCAACAAAAAACAAACAAACAAACCCUUGUGUCAGAACCUCAUUUGGAGCACAGUCCAGCUAAGCACUUUCCAGGGGAAACACUUUUUAACACCCUCCUUCCUUCCUUGAAGUUGAGCCUUUGAAGAACUUUCAUCAGAUAGCCAUCAAUGGGACUUUCAAAUGCUUCUCUCUCUCUUUUUUUUUUUUUGACUGGGUUGUGCGCCUUUGUUUCUGUAUAACUGAUGACCUAUGUAAAGCCACUGUAAUAUCUUCUGGGGUUGUUGUUGCAUCAAGAAAUGAGUGGAAACACUGUCUUUCUCUUUUUAAAAAAAAAAAGAAUGUGACAUUUUUUGUCAUUUUUUUUUGUUUUACUUUUUCAGCACUAAGUGCCAUCUCUGGGUGCCAUCUCAAAACAGUAGUACGCUUAUUUUCACCAGCCAACUUCCGAGUGGUAUGUGUGAGAAUAACCUGUGCUUCUCUGUUUCAGAGAGUUGAUUGAUUUAAUCCCCUUCCCCACUGACCAUUUUUAACAGUGGUACUAAGAGUUUUAUUAUUUAAAACAAACACACAAAACACUAUAUUGAUUUGGUUACAGAAAAGACAUGUGAAGUUUACUUAAAAUCAUCUAAGCUGUAUAUGCAGGACUUUUUUUGGUAAAGUAUUAAAAAGUUCUAUGACUACA